AUGGGCAAGAAGAAGUCCAAGACGACGCUCCCCUCUGAGGACCAUGAGGCUAGUGCCUCGGAAAGUCUUCUCUCAUCCUCCGAUGUCCGAGUACACCACCUGGAGAGACACGAGAGUGCCGUGAUCCGUCGCCAACGCAGCAAGUCGCGCAGGAUCUGGUGCGCCAUCAUCGCUCUGACCACAGGCAUCCUCGGGUUCAUCGCCGUGCUGGCCAUUCUACGCGCGGUGGAGGACGCCAGCCACCUGGCACCCACCAAGCGACCGGUGUUCCCAACGCAAUAUGAAGCCAGUGUCACCUUCCAUAUGCCAUAUAUGGACAUGGUGGAGCCUCUGUACGUCCACGUGGACGAGACCAAAGGGCUGCAGAAACUCAGCUACUACGGAGGCACCGACGUGUACAUUUACAACACCAGUGGAACCAGCUACCAGAUCAUUCCAGUUAUUCGUGAGCGCAAAUGCUUCAAGUCUGGCUCGGAGUCGCUGCAGCAUAUUUUCCCCAACAUGACGCUCUUUGAGCCCCAACACGGCGUGUUCCUAGUGGAAGGACGUCCGUGUUUUAGCUGGAAAUUCGUCACCAAACUGCAUGAACCCACUGAAGAUGGACUAUUGGGAGAGUACACGUUGUAUGUGGACCAGAAGACGGAACGCCCUGUACGAUUCCACUAUGUGGGACGCAACGGAAUGCUGGGAGGCAGCCACAUUGAUGAAUACUUUUUGGACUACAUCUACGUACGCGAAGGGCCAGUGGACGAGGACGUGUUUUCUUUCCUGCCAUCUUCGAUGAACUGUACCGAGAUGCCUGGUGAUGAUGGAGGUCCGUCACGCAUCCCUAAGCAAGAUAUCCACAUGCUCAUGCCUGAAGGCUCCACAGUGAAGAAGGAGAUCUUCGACAACUUUUCUGCAACUCAUGAGAAGGAAUACAACGACGACGCUGAGGCUGUUCAGCGCAUGGCGACCUUCCACCAUAACCUUCGCUUCAUCAACGGGGAAAACCGCAAGGGACUGCCAUAUCACUUGGAGGUGAAUAAGUUCGCUGACUUAAGUUACGAAGAGCGACGUGCACUGCAUCGUCCGUCGCGGGUUAAACGCGCCAAGGAUAACAAAGCGAUGGCUGUGCAUGAACUUUCGACUUUCGAAGACCCCGGAGACGUGGACUGGCGAACUAAGGGAGCUGUCACGCCGGUAAAGGACCAAGGCGCUUGUGGAUCUUGCUGGACCUUCGGCACGACUGGCGCUUUGGAGGGUGCGCUAUUCGCUCAGCAGAAAAAGCUGUACAAUAUGUCUCAACAGAACCUCCUGGACUGCUCAUGGGACUAUGGCAACAACGCGUGCAACGGAGGCUUAGACUACCAGGCCUAUGAGUGGAUCAUAGCCAACGGUGGACUCGAAACCACCGCAACCUAUGGGGCUUAUCGGAAUGCGCCCGACUACUGCCACUUCAACGUGGACAAUGCGAUCGGACGCAUGAAAGGCUUCGUCAAUGUCACGAGCGUGCAGGCUCUCAACGAUGCAUUGGCGACGAUUGGACCGCUGUCUGUGUCCAUCGAUGCGAACCUCCCGUCGUUUUACUUCUAUGGAGGCGGCUACUACGACGAUGUCGAGUGCAAGAGCGACUUGGACAGCCUCGAUCACUCGGUUCUGGCAGUCGGAGUCACCACACACAACGACCAGAAGUACACGCUGGUUAAGAACUCGUGGAGCACGCACUGGGGCGAGGAUGGCUACAUCAAGAUCUCACAGAAAAAUAACCUGUGCGGAGUCGCCACUGCAGCUACCUACCCGGUGCUUGCGGACUGA